AUGGAGGAAAGAAGAGGAUACGGACCUGUGACUGUGAGCGAGUGGGGCGAACGUGUUGUGGUGGAGAGCUUUCCCUGGCGGUCGGUGUAUGUGGGUGGCGGAGUGUGGCUGCUCGGUCUGGUCCUGCUCGUCGUCUUCCCUCUGCCAUCCACCGGUCUACUGAAGGUCUUCCACUUGCUGGCGGCGGUCAUUUUCUUUGGUGCAGCCGGCGCUUCGUUUGUUGGCGCGGCAGAGGGCUUUGAGGCCCGGAUCGGGGACAAGCUGCCCACUGGUGGGGUCAAGGGCGAGCUCCGCGUCCACACCUCGCCGCUCCUCGCCCGACUGAUGGGCGAGUCGGCAUUGGGCGAGCUGCUUGGCUCGGGCCCGCCGCGGGUCUACGUCCAGUCACUGGCAGGCGUCUCGGCUGUCCGGGUCGAUGCCAAGGCUGCCGACAUCCACUACGGACAGCGCGGCGGCUUCCGCAUUGUCGCCGUCCUGGAGGGUGGCAUCGUCCUCCCUCUCAUCCACGAGUUCCACAUGAUCCCGGUCGGCCCGUUCAACGAUCUUGUCGACGCUCUUGCCGUCGCCUUUAACCUCACUCUCGCCGACCACCGCGAGAUCGGUCAUGAUGCCUCGCCCAACGAGCGCCACGUCCUCCGCGGCACCCUCCACGGUUGGCGCCGCCUCUCCCCGAGCCAGAUCCUCGAGCACGCCAUGGACGAACAUGGCUACUGA